GUGAUUGGUUGAAUAGACAGCCUCGCUCUGCAGGUCUCUCAGCGUGGACAUUGAGUGAAGAUGGCGACCUGGUGUGUGCGUGCGAUCAGACAGAGCUCCUCUAUCAUAGCGUCCCCUUUACUUGUAAGGGUGACUCCACGCCUCCUUUGCACAGCAGCCCAACAGAAAAGCUCAGGAACUGGGACUGAAGAAGAGAAACCAGAGCCCAGUGCAGCUGAGAAAGCCUUCAUAGAAGAAAAGACACAACUGGAAGAACAGCUGAAAGAUAUUACGGAUAAAUACAAGCGGGCACUAGCAGACACUGAGAACCUUAGGCAAAGGAGUCAAAAGAUGAUUGAUGAUGCUAAGCUUUAUGGAAUCCAGGGCUUCUGUAAAGAUCUCUUAGAGGUGGCUGACAUCUUGGAGAAGGCAACCGAAAGCGUACCAAAAACUGAAAUAUCUACUGCAAAUCUGCACCUGAAAAAUCUUUAUGACGGCCUUGUAAUGACUGAGGUGCAGAUCCAGAAGGUCUUCCAAAAACACGGCCUUGUUAAGCUUAACCCUGAUGGUCAGAAGUUUGACCCUUAUGAGCAUGAGGCUGUCUUUCAUGCACCUAUUGAGGGCAAGGAGCCAGGUACCAUAGCUGUAGUUACCAAAGUAGGCUACAGGCUGCACGGUCGCAACCUCCGGCCAGCUCUGGUGGGUGUAGUCAAAGCCCCCUAACUGGUCGUACACACUAUGAUGGUUAUUGCCUGGUCAACUGAUCGGUUUCUGUAAUUUAGCUGGUCUUAGGUUUCACAUUUUCUUUCUUUGUUAAAGGUGCCUCUGAGAGGUGAAAUCCAAUAUAUUGACAACUGAAGGACAAUGCCAGACUAAUCUUUGUGAUUAAUAAUGAUUAUCAAUAAAAAAAGAUAGUUCUUGAGUAUAAGAGCUGAGUGUGUGUGGUAGAAGAUUCGGAGAAUUGAAUCUGUGAAUUGAAUUGGCUUUAACAGUAUUCUCUGGAGGAUCGUUCGUUACCAUUCCAGGGACUUUCCUUAGAAUCUUUUGAAGAAUCUAAAGCUUUUAAAGAAACACUGCAGCAUAUUACCUUGUUGAACACAUUUUAUGCUUAUUAAACGUAUUUGCUCUUAUUAAUUACUUUACUGAAGAACGUAACCAGUUUGGUGAUGUCUAUGACAGCAGUUGUGAGAUUCCACUAUUUUUUUUUUUCCGUGUUAUGCAGGUUUUUGAAUUUAUUUGUAUGAGAGAAUAGUUAGUCUUCUUUACAGAACUUGGAGUAAUAUUUUAUCCAAAAAUAAAAUGAAUAAUUUUACAAUAAUUUACCUACUGGCAGUUGUACUUGCUAACUUUCACCAUUAGUUUCAUAGUGUGCAAACCUGAUGAAAUAUCAACUACUGAUGUUUUAUGAAGAUCUGGGUAACAGAAGGAUGGCCACUUAAGGCUGCUUGGGAGAUUAGUCAUUUAGAAAUUGUGGUUGUAAUAUGAAAAGAAUGAUGCCAUGCUAAUGGAAAAAUAUGAAAUCUAUGUGAACAAGCAGACAACUGUCAAAUAAAGCAUGUACCUCUUUUCAAA